AACUGUCUCAGUCGCUUCUUGGCUUGCGUUCCGACCAGUCGUCGUUGUCAACGUAGUAGUUCCAACCCCGCCUAGAGAAGUUUUUGAGUAAAGACCAUUGCCUGUUAUCACUAGCAGUAGGGUUUUGAAGGAUGUUUGGGGAAAGUGCGAGCUAAAAAGGGUGAAAUCAUCACUCAUUCAUUCUUUGCUUGAUACGCAUCGAAGAAUUUGAACCCGCCACGGUUCAUCCUGGGCCAAAAUCCGACCGUUGAGUCAAAUAUUCCACGUGAAGUGAAGCCAGAACGGGUUUUGAUAAGUGCAUUCGAGUGUGCUUAACGAAUAUUGGAACUGGUUCCGCCGCUGUCCAACGGUGCGUGAAAAAUACCCCCUAAUCAAUAACGGCCAGCAAAGUUUUAAAUAAUUAAUGCCAAAUACCGGCGGCAUUACUUUUUGUCGGAAGUGAUGGAUUUUCGACAGCAGUGUUGAAACGGAAAAGUGGAGCGAGCUGAUCGACAGUGAGUGAUAAUAUAAAUUCAUCGUGGGUUUAGGCAUCGUCUGAUAAAUCAGCGGUUAUCGAACUACACGUGGAGGUUGAUGUCAUAAAUCUAUUUGAUUCGAGCUUCCGUUUGGUGGAAUAAGUGAACGUUCAAACUGGAUUACGACAGUCUCGAUGAGCAACUACAACAGCAGCAACAAUAUCACAGUCAAGAUGUGCCAGAGUGGGACACGGGAUGGCCACACCACGGUGGACCGGAAAAGGUGAUAGUGGAGGUUCAAGAGACGGCCACAGAUUCGGUGUCGCUAAUCGAGGCGAGCACCUUUGUACAUAAUUCCACAGAACCUUUAGAGGAAUCUGGACCAACGAUAGUUGUAAGGCCCGAGGAGGCACUAAUCGUACUUUUCGUACUCAUACUAUGGGUUUGCGCAAUUGGACUGUUCUUUCACCGGUGGGGCAAGAUUCGAAUGCUCGAACCGUACCAACCAAAAUUCAUCCAACAGCAUCGAGGUUCCUGCCCGCUGGUGGACUUGGAUCUGGACCUUCCAACCGUGCCACAGAGAUCAUCCCUUUCAAAAAUGUCCCUCGGUCUGCCACCAACGAUGACGUCUGUUUGUGCGGGAGGAUAUCCCGGAUACAUGCGACCGCGCCAAAAUUCGGUGUUUGUGGGACCCCACGUGGUUUCGCCUCCGCAACCACCGAGGAAGACACGGUCGGCUGUCGACAUCCACUCGAUGAUACUGAGCGAAGGUGAUUCGGAAGCGGUUUAGUUCCAACUACCAUCCAUCCAUCCAUCAGCAAAUCUCUAGCCUCUCAACCAGCCAACAACAACAUCACCAUCGUCGUCGUCGUCAGGGGCCAACAUUCCCGGGCCAGUUUGAAAGGGCAGUGUUGGUGCAUCCUACAAAACAACUCAAUAUUUUUAUAUCAUGAUAUACAUAUAUUUACAUUUAGCUUUUCCUUUUUAUACAAGAGUGAUGUUUGAACCAGAGCAACAACAAAAAAAAAUAAUAGAAGAAAUAUGGAAACAGUAGUCGUAAAUACGGUUCACCCUUGUUGAGUAUGGCCAAAUGGUAGAUCAUUUUCUCGUGUGUUUGAAGUGUUGUUUAUACUCGUAACGUUUUAUGACCAAACUAGACGUUGAUUCACAAACAAAAACAAAAAAACUAGACCGAUGCAUGCGUUGAAGCGUGUGCAUCUGUAAACGGGUUUUACUUGUAAAAGCGCUUUCGAAAUUCCAUUUAUGAUGAAUUUUGAGCAGAAUAAUUCUAAAAAUAGCACAUUAAUAACCGACAAGAAUCAAAAACACACAUACGUACAAUAUCGGUUGGGAAAGUGGUACGGCACGGGAUUGGCAGCAGACAAUGCCCUUGCACGAAAUUAAUCCAUUCUCUGAUCGAGCGGAGCACCAAACAACAUAGAUCGAGAUUAAAAUAUCCAAUCCACUUCCUGGCGAGUAUAAAUGAUGGCAGAAAGAUUCUGCACUGACAUGUUUAGAGUGGUUUUCAAUUUUAAAACAAAUUUAUAAAGGCGCGAAAUGACGCAGGACCAACGAAGACACGAAGAUAAUAUGAUUUUUUUGGGUUUAGAUAAAAUUGAAACACGAACAAUAUUUUUAAUUUUAAAACCACUAACUGAAUAUUGAAUCACCGUGCGUCUCCAUGAAACGGGUUCAAAACAAGUUUGAUUUGCAGGCAAUUAGAAAAGCUCCUAUAAAUUAUAUUUCGUCAAUUAUCGGUACUGCAUCGUGAACAUGGCUAAAUCGUGGAGCUGACAAAUCUUAACUUUUGGCCUCACUCGAGAAAUCUCCCAGUUUAUUUCUUUAUCAGAUCUUCAGAAAAUGUUAUGACAGAAAGCCAAGUUAAACAAUGCAAAGCUCAAUUAUUUAAGUAGAUAUCGAGUUAAUGAUGUAAACGUAGCUAUUCAGUUUGGAAUACAGUUAUGUAAAUGUCUAGAGCAAAUAGAUAUUCUAAGGUGUUACUCUUUAACCUCUUCAAACAAGCAUACAAAAAUAUGGAAUAGAACGUGAUUGUUGACAAAGACUAGAGGAUUGAGCAUGAAAUAAAAGUUUUAUGAAACAAUAUUCUA